AUGCCGAUCAACAGAGACCCAUCAACGCCUCCGCCUGUAAUCGGAAAAAUCGGGCCUUACACUGUCUUCAUGACUCCUCCUGCGACCCCAAAACCACCAGAAUCUCCCGCCGCCGUGUCUCAAAAGCCCAUCGUUCCACCGCCGGUUCUUCCUCCGCCGCAGCAGUUUAAGUCGGUGGCUUCCUCUGAGCACGAAGGCUCAGUUUUGGGGUUCUUCAGAAACGCCGUCACAAAGGUUCAAACUGCACAUUCAAGCGUGGAUGACCAUUUGGUGAGAUGGUUUGGAUUAAACCAAUCAAAGUAUCAGUGGGCUUUGGAUGAGUACUAUGAAGGCAAAGGAUCUGAAAUGAAGAGCGUCAAGGCAAAGGAGAUGCCAGGAAAAGUACAGAGUGUAUAA